UUCAGCGACAGCCAACAGCUGUGUAACACGAAAUAGAUAUCAAACAAAUCAAAAUUCUGGAAAUAAUGGCUAUAAAUCGACACUAAAUGCUAUUGUGUUGAAAAUUGUUCACGUGUUAUACAAAAUAGUUGUGUAGUAAGUAAUAAUGCAGUGAAGUGAAUUGAAUUACUAUUUACCAGUUUCACGUGGAACAGAAAAUCUAUCGUUCCGUAACAGCUGAGUGCGUUCCUAGUAGCCAAGCUCAAUGAAAAAUUAUAAAUACAGUCAACUAAAUCAGCGGGAUUUAAUAUCGAAAACUAGUUCGACAUCUCAAUUAGCGACUAACGGAAACGAGCCAGUCGUAAUUGACACCGGAAUGUAUAUUAGAGAUUGGCGCCAAGCCUUACGGACUCCACCUUCGUACAGACUGGGUAAUAGAACUAUUCGACUUCAAGUGCAUCUGAUCUGGCCGUUGGCAGUUAUAGGAGCGAUUCUGAUUCUCCUGAUUUACAUUGUUAGCAAUUCCCGAUUUUCCAGUAGAUCAAGCAUAAACAAUCUCGAUAAAACUGCAAUGAUUUUCUAUAAUCACACCUAUCCUUUAAGUAGUCCUAUCAUUAGCAAUGAGAUGUACACGUACAGGAUAGGAAUCAUAGCCGAUUUGGAUACAAACUCACGAGUGAACGGAAAACAGGCUUGGCGUAGUUAUCUAAUGAAGGGCUACCUCAGUUAUAUUCCUUCCAAGGAAUCAAUAACGAUUUCCUGGGACGAAGGCCCACCUAAAGAGUUAAAGUCUAGUUUUGCUCUAAAAGGACGGGGUAUGGAACUGUCCGAACUGGUAGUAUUCAAUGGAAAGCUGCUAACAUUUGACGACCGAACUGGAUUGGUUUAUGUGAUUGAAAAAGAUAUUCCCUAUCCUUGGCUAUUACUGGUAGACGGAGACGGAAAAACUAGUAAAGGUUUUAAAUCAGAGUGGGCCACUGUAAAAGAUGAGGUUUUAUACGUGGGUUCCAUGGGUAAAGAGUGGACCACUGCUGGGGGAGAUUUCGAGAAUAACAAUCCAAUGUUCGUGAAGGCAAUUACCGUGCAUGGAGAGGUGUAUCAUCUUAACUGGGAGAACAAUUUCAAGGCACUCCGCAGUGCCAUCGGUAUUGAAUGGCCAGGCUACAUGAUACACGAAUCGGGAGUAUGGUCCAGCGAGUGUAGGCGGUGGUAUUUCUUGCCACGACGAUGCUCCCGAGAACGUUAUAAUGAAACCCGAGACGAGCACAUGGGAUGCAACUAUCUAAUUACUGCAGACGAGCAGUUUCAUUCGAUAAAAACAGUAGAAUUGAAACCAACCAAUGUGCCAUCUACGCACGGGUAUUCUAGCUUCAAAUUUUUGCCGCAUUCAGAGGAUCGCAUCAUUAUAGCUUUAUCGACGGAAGAGCUAAAUGGUAAAACGUCAAGUUUUAUUAGCGCGUUUAACACUAACGGUGAAAUGUUGAUGUCAGAAACGAAAAUACCAACGAGCUACAAGUUCGAAGGCCUGGAGUUUAUUUAGACGCGGACUGAAACAGUCAUAGGUUAAUUACAAAUUGUUUACAAAAUUGGAUUGUGUGAAAAAAGUGUACAUAUGCAAGUAAGUGAGAAAGCAGAAGUUUAAAUGGAAAAGUAUGGUACCUUUAUAAUAAAAAGUAUUAUGCCACAUAGUUUGGACUUAGCUGUAUUUGUCAGUCAUGGAUGCUUUUUUCCAAGAACAUAGUACAUUUCAUCUGU